AUGCGAAGGAUCCUCCUCUUCAUCCCCACUAUGCUGCUGGCGACCAUUCUGGUUUUUGCCCUGUUCUCAAUCGUUCCGGGGGAUGCGGCGGUUUACUUGCUCACGGGUGAAGAUGCCGGUGGGCGCGUUACUAACGAUGAUUUCGAGCGCCUGCGGAAGGACCUGGGGCUGGAUCGGCCCAUCUACGUGCAAUACGCUGACUGGUUGUGGGGCGUGGUGCGCGGCGAUCUGGGCGAAUCCCUCUACUACAGUGAACCUUUUGGUUUGGAGUUGGUCGAACGCUUCGCCAGGACUUUCGAACUGGCUGUGCUUGCUAUCGGGAUGGCGUUCGUAGCCGCCGUUCCGUUAGGAAUCUUAUCGGCGAUGAAGCAGGACACUGGCGUGGAUUACGCCAGCCGAGUGAUUGCAUUGCUCGGCAUCGCGAUGCCGACCUUCUGGAUUGGCGUGCUGGUGAUUUAUGGCUUGGCCUACGGGACGGGCUGGCUGCCUCCGUUAGAAUACGCCCACCUGUGGGAUGACCCCUGGCAAAACUUGCAGUUAAUGCUGCUGCCGGCGGCGGUGGUCGGAUUCCACGACAUGGCAUUCACGGCGCGGGUAACGCGUUCGGCGAUGCUGGAAGUCAUGCGGGAAGACUAUAUGCGCACCGCUCGCUCCAAGGGACUGCGCGAGUGGGUGGUAGUGGGCCGACACGCGCUGAAAAAUGCUUUGCUGCCGGUGAUCACCGUUUCCGGUUACCAGUUUGGGCGGUUGCUGGGCGGAGUAAUCAUCGUGGAGCAGAUAUUCGUGGUGCCUGGUGUGGGCAAGUUCCUGAUCGACGCCAUCAACCACCGCGAUUUUCCGGUUAUCCAGGGCGUGAUCCUGAUGACUGCGGCAGUGGUACUGCUGCUGAACCUGAUUAUCGACAUGCUGUACGGCAUUCUUGACCCCCGCAUUCGAUACGGAUAG